GUAUCAAUCAUGUAUAAAAAUACAUUCAUGCUUCAACGUGGAUGUAUAGGACAACACCGUUCGAGCUGUACGCGUCAACGACUAUCUACAAUGUAUCUAGAAGUACCCGUGGUGGGGUGGUGCCUUGGGACAAGCUAUGCAAAAUCGAGCAACUUUGUUGGCCGUGCCGGCAAUGACGACGUAGAUACGCUUCCCUUCUCUGCCUGGAGUCCUUCAGAGGCAAAAAUGAGGCUGAAGCCACGGAGCAGAGACAGCAUGAAGGCAAUGAAACCAAGGGGGCUGCGUUCUGGCUACUGGAAGGCACGAUCGACGUGGGUCUUGGCAAAUACACUAGGUGCACUUGCGCUGCGGCUUUGACCUCUCUCUUCCAAUCUCCCCACUAUCAACAACAAUCCACCCUCCCCAGCGAGACCUACACCGUUUCUUGCCUCCUACCACUCUUGCAACCUCCAUUCUCUUCACCACUCCAAUUCACACCCCAACCCCCUUCACUCCCCACAUUCAAACUUCACAAUGGGUUACGAGGACUCUGUCUACCUGGCCAAGUUGGCCGAGCAGGCCGAGCGUUAUGAGGAGAUGGUCGAGAACAUGAAGGCUGUCGCCGGCGCAGACCAGGAACUUUCCGUCGAGGAGCGAAAUCUUCUCUCUGUCGCUUACAAGAACGUCAUUGGCGCUCGCCGCGCGUCGUGGAGGAUCGUGACGUCCAUCGAGCAGAAAGAAGAGUCGAAGGGCAACGAGGCUCAGGUUGGUCUCAUCAAGGAGUACCGCCAGAAGAUUGAGGCCGAGCUCGCCAAGAUCUGCGAGGACAUCCUCGAGACUCUGGACAAGCACUUGAUCCCCUCUGCUGAGAGUGGCGAGUCCAAGGUCUUCUACCACAAGAUGAAGGGUGACUACCACCGUUACCUUGCCGAGUUCGCUAUUGGCGACAAGCGCAAGACAUCUGCCGACGAGUCGCUCGAGGCUUACAAGGCUGCCACCGAGGUUGCUUCCACCAGCUUGGCCCCCACCCACCCCAUCCGUCUUGGUCUCGCCCUGAACUUCUCGGUCUUCUACUACGAGAUCUUGAACUCGCCCGACCAGGCCUGCCAAUUGGCCAAGCAAGCGUUCGAUGAUGCUAUUGCCGAGCUCGACACCCUCUCCGAGGAAAGCUACAAGGACUCCACUUUGAUCAUGCAGCUCCUCCGGGACAACCUUACUCUGUGGACUUCCUCCGAGGCUGAGACCAGCAAUGAGCCAUCCGCUGAGGCUGCCGCUUCAUCUGAAGCACCCAAGAAGGAGGAGCCGGCUGCCGAGGCCGCCCCUGCAGAGCCCAAGGCUUAGA